AUGAAAAUGGCGCCCAGCUCGAAAUCGGAGCGGAACAGCGGGGCUGGGAGCGGCGGUGGCGGCCCCGGGGGCGCCGGGGGGAAGCGGGCAGCGGGGCGUCGGCGGGAGCACGUCCUCAAGCAGUUGGAGCGGGUCAAGAUCAGUGGGCAGCUCUCUCCUCGCCUCUUCCGGAAGCUGCCGCCCAGGGUCUGUGUUUCUCUUAAGAGCAUCGUGGAUGAGGACUUCCUCUAUGCAGGGCAUAUCUUCCUGGGCUUUUCCAAGUGCGGCCGGUACGUUCUCUCCUACACCAGCAGCAGUGGGGACGACGACUUCUCCUUCUACAUCUACCACCUGUACUGGUGGGAGUUCAACGUCCACAGCAAGCUCAAGCUGGUCCGGCAGGUGCGGCUCUUCCAGGAUGAGGAGAUCUACAGUGAUCUUUACCUGACUGUGUGUGAGUGGCCCAGCGAUGCAUCCAAGGUCAUCGUCUUUGGCUUCAACACCCGUUCAGCCAAUGGGAUGCUUAUGAACAUGAUGAUGAUGAGUGACGAGAACCACCGCGACAUCUACAUCAGCACGGUGGCUGUGCCACCACCAGGCCGCUGUGCCGCCUGCCGGGAAGCCAGCCGGGCCCAUCCAGGUGACCCUAGCGCACAGUGCCUGCGACAUGGCUUCAUGCUGCACACCAAGUACCAGGUGGUGUACCCCUUCCCCACUUUCCAGCCCGCCUUCCAGCUCAAGAAGGACCAGGUGGUACUGCUCAACACCAGCUACUCCCUGGUGGCUUGCGCUGUCUCGGUCCACUCGGCAGGCGAUAGCAGCUUCUGCCAAAUCCUGUAUGACCAUACCACCUGUCCCCCAGUGCCGCCCAGUGCCCCUGGGCCCCAGAGCCUAGAAGUGCCCCCAGCACUCCCCAACCUCUGCCCGGAGGUGGCCCCAGCCCAUCCAUUUGGGGUCCCUGAUUCCUCACCCGCCAUCGCCAAAGCCAAGGAGUUUGUAGCCGACAUCUUCCGCAGGGCCAAAGAGGCCAAGGGUGGGACCUCAGAGGAAGCCCGGCCACCCUCUUGCACAGGGCCUUCAGGCAGCUGCUGCCGCCCAUCCUCUGAGCCUCUAGCCCCAGGUGGAGAGGUCGCACCCCGGGACAGCCCCCCUGCAGCAGAGGAGCCAGUCCCUGAACCUGGCUAUGUCAACUACACUAAGCUGUAUUACGUGCUAGGGUCUGGCGAAGGGACAGAGCCAGAGGAUGAGUUCGAGGAUGACAAGAUCUCCCUGCCCUUUGUGGUGACUGAUCUCCGUGGCCGCAGUCUGAGGCCCAUGCGGGAGCGAGCUGCUGUUCAGGGUCAGUACCUGACAGUGGAGCAGCUCACGCUGGACUUUGAGUAUGUCAUCAAUGAGGUCAUCCGCCAUGACGCCACCUGGGGCCACCAGUUCUGUUCCUUCAGUGACUAUGACAUCGUCAUCCUAGAGGUCUGCCCAGAAACCAACCAGGUCCUGAUCAACAUUGGCCUGCUGCUUCUGGCGUUCCCAUCCCCCACUGAGGAGGGCCAGCUCCGACCAAAGACCUAUCACACCAGCCUCAAGGUGGCAUGGGACCUCAAUACAGGCAUCUUCGUGACAGUCAAUGUGGGUGACCUCACUGAGGUCAAAGGGCAGACCAGCGGCAGUGUCUGGAGCUCAUACCGCAAGAGCUGUGUGGACAUGGUCAUGAAGUGGCUGGUGCCCGAGAGCAGCGGCCGCUACGUCAACAGGAUGACUAACGAGGCACUGCACAAAGGGUGCUCACUGAAGGUUCUGGCAGACAGCGAGCGAUACACAUGGAUUGUGCUGUGAGGGUCUGGCUGUCCUGGACACUGACUCCAACUACCUCCGUGGCCUGGGAGCUGGCCGCCUUCCUGGCAGCCUCUUGGCUGGCCGGCCGCCCAACGACCGCCACUAGUGUUAGGCUGUGGGAAGAGGGCUGGGCAGAGCAGCCCCUGGUGGCCUGAGAGUCUGGAUGCUUCUUAUUUAUGCCUAUUUAAGUUGGGAAGGGGCAGAGGGAGGGAGUCCCCUGUCCCACCAGCCUUCAGUGCCCACCUUCAUCCUGAACUGGGCAUGGCCAUUGCUCCUUGUGUAUUUCCCCUUCCCAGGCAGCAGGUGUGGACAUUGCCCCCUGGGAGGCUGAAUAGACCCUGAUUCCUGCCCCAGCCUCCCCACCUGAGGUGGCAACAUCAUUGCCGCCCC